ACCUCUGCUCCACUCUGUACUCAACUAUCCCUUUUGCUUCUUGAGUGGGGAAAACUUUCUCAGAAAGCUCUGGUAACACAAGGGGUAUCAUAGCCUCACACUUCCAAGGAAAUCUUGAUAACAGCUUGCUUCUGAAGAGCAGCGCUUGUGUGUCCAGACAAGUGAAAAGAGCAGUGUUAAAAACAGCAGUCAGAGUUGAACAAGUCUGAAGAAACAAGUUAGACAAGGAUACCAUGGAGAAAGGCCUAAAAUGAAAAAGGAAAGCCUAUAAAAUGAUAUUUAAAAUGGAAAGGUGACUAAGACAGGGGUGAGUGAGACAGAGCAAGAAAAGAAAGAAAAGAAAGAAAGGAAAGAAAGGAAAGAAAGGAAAGAAAGAAAGAAAGAAAGAAAGAAAGAAAGAAAGAAAGAAAGAAAGAAAGAUGGCGAUAAUGACAGAAUAGAAAAUACUCCUUACUGAUUAACAAGGAACAAUUUCCAGGAACAAGAGGAGAUUCAUAGGCAAGUCUCCCAUUUGAGCAAAAAUGGGUGACUGGAGCUUCCUGGGCGAAUUCCUUGAAGAAGUCCACAAGCAUUCCACAGUGGUGGGGAAAGUCUGGCUGACUGUACUCUUUAUCUUCCGGAUGCUUGUCCUGGGCACAGCUGCAGAAUCCUCCUGGGGAGAUGAACAGUCCGACUUCAUGUGUGACACUCGGCAGCCUGGUUGUGAAAAUGUCUGCUACGACAAAGCUUUUCCCAUCUCCCAUAUCAGAUACUGGGUCCUUCAGAUUAUCUUUGUCUCCACCCCCUCACUUUUGUACAUGGGCCAUGCAAUGCACACAGUGCGUAUGGAAGAGAAGAGGAAGCUUAAGGAGGCCAAAGAAAGCUCAAGGGAAAUCCAAAGCAAGAGUAAUGCUUUCCAUCAGCAGGAGUACCCAACACCUGAGAAGGCUGAGCUGUCAUGCUGGGAUGAACCAACUGGGAGGAUCAUUCUUCAAGGCACAUUGCUGAACACUUACGUCUGCAGCAUUUUGAUUCGUACAACCAUGGAGGUAGCUUUCAUUGUAGGGCAGUACAUGCUAUAUGGGAUCUUCCUUGAGACGCUCUACGUUUGUAAUCGGCAACCCUGCCCUAAUCCAGUCAACUGUUACGUCUCUCGUCCAACAGAGAAGAACAUCUUUAUUAUUUUCAUGCUGGCUGUGGCUGCACUGUCCCUCUUCUUAAGCCUCGCUGAGCUCUAUCACUUGGGUUGGAAAAAGGCAAGGCAGAAGUUCUCCCGUUCUUGCAAAAGCAACUCUAGCCCAGAUACUGGGAUACUGCAGGCAGACUCCCAAGCAAAGAAGACAGUACAAAGCUGCACCCCACCUCCUGAUUUUAAUCAGUGUUUGGCCAACCCCGGUGGGAAGUAUAUCAGCCCUUUCAGUAACAAAAUGGCAUCUCAGCAGAACACAGCCAAUUUUGCAACAGAGAGGGUUCACAACCAAGAUGAUACAGUUGGAGAAGGUCCAUUCAUCCAAGUUAACUAUACGCAGAAUUCUGAAGCCAGCAACAAUUCUGUACCCAACCUUCUGCCCAAUGGCUACUUCCACGAGAAACGCAGGCUCAGCAAAACCAGCCGCACCAGCAGUAAGGCUAGGUCGGAUGAUCUGUCUGUAUGAAUUGUUUUCCAUGAUGGCAAAAUGAAACAGGGGGAUGCCAAAAACCUGCAGCUGAGCUUAUCAAAUCCUGCAAAUCUGAGCUCCAGCGCAACUCAGUUUUAAGGGAAUGACAAUAUUCUGAACUAUUCCAAUGUUUGUUUUGAACCUAAUUUUAUGCUUUCAGCCCAUUAUUUUUCCAAAGAAGGCAGUCAGCUUCAACUAAAUAAUAAG